GGGAUUUUGAUAAUUUUCUAUUGGCAAUGCUGUUGGUCGGAUGGAUUGAGCGAUUGUCAAAAAUAUUUGGUUAAAGGAGAAAAAUAAUUCAUAUUUUUAUUUCAGUAGUUCAUUAAUAAAAUUUUCCUAAAAUGUCUAUUUUAAGCACAUUAAGAUCAUUGUUUCGAAUGCCAACAGCUACAAUACAAAAACAAGUGUCCAAAAGAUGCAUGUCAGAACACAGAACAUUUCCUAUGGUACCCUCGAGAUGGCAAUGGAACAAAUUCAAAGACAGUCUUCACUAUUAUUUUCUAUUAGGAAUUAUACCUUGUGGUUUGGCUGUUACAUAUGCUAAUGUAUUUAUUGGACCUGCUACCCUGACAGAAAUUCCUGAAGAUUAUGUACCAAAAUACUGGGAAUAUUACAGAAGUCCAGUGACUAGAUUCAUUGCUAGAUAUAUAAUGACUGAUCCCCAGCAAGAUUAUGAAAAAUAUUUGUGUUUUAUGUUUAUGGAAGAAGAACGGAGACAACUCAGGAAAAUAGAGAGGGAUAUAAAACAGAAGUUAGCUGAGAGAAAUGACUAUCAAGCUUAUUAUUACAGGCCAAUCACAGCAAAUUAUCACAAAAUUACUAAAGAAGCUGCUGAUUAUUUGGAAACAAUUCGUAGAGAGGGAUAUAAAACAGAAGUUAGCUGAGAGAAAUGACUAUCAAGCUUACUAUUACAGACCAAUCACAGCAAAUUAUCACAAAAUUACUAAAGAAGCUGCUGAUUAUUUGGAAACAAUUCGUGGCGAGUAAUAGAUUUUCAUGAAUAUAAGUAGUAAAACAAAACUUUAUUUUCUGUAACUAGUGACAACUUAUGAAAUAUUUGUCUGACUCUGUGUUUUAUUCUGAGUUCCUGUAAACUAACUGAAAAAUUCAAUAUAUUUCUUUGGCUAGUUUUCUGGCGAUAAUA